AUGGAACAAUGGCUUCAAACUCCCUCGCAUGCGAGCAUCGGCCAUGACACGGCCAUUAGGAAGUAUUGUUCUGAACGUCUAGAGCAAGAGCAACAAGGAGAUUCAGACGAGGCGUCGAAUGAGCUAGAGAUGUGGUCCUCCUCUGGCACAAAUAGCCCUAGCUUGGCGGCAGCGGAGCAAGUGGAAUUUGUUGAUGGUCUCAUAAACAUGGAGUGGUGCUAUGAAGAAGAUGGCAAUUUGGCCAGUAAAUGUGGUUUCGCUAGCCAUUCUGAGACCGUUACGAUUUCAAGAAAUUAUGGAAUCGAGGAAUUCAUGGCUCUUUUGACUCCUGGAAGUUCCAUAGAAGAGGAAAUCGAUGUUAUCUCAUCGAUUGAGCCCACAAACUCGGAAUCACUGAUACCUCCUCAUGAUGGGGAUGCAAUGAAUGAGAUGAGCCAAGGUGUGGAUGAGGGUUUGCAUCUUGUUCAUUUGUUGCUUGCAUGUGCUGAGGCUGUUGGGUGUAGGGACUCUAGUCUAGCAAACUCAAUUUUGAGCCAAAUUUGGGGUCUAGCCAAUCCACAUGGUGAUUCCAUGCAAAGGGUUUCCUUUUGCUUUGCAUUGGGCCUAACCACAAGGUUGGCCCUACAGCAAAAUGUGGGAUUAAGGGGGUCAUUCUCGAACUUGGGCCUUGACUUGGAACUUCCGAGCAAGGAAGAUAAAGUAGAAGGAUUCCGACUACUUUACCAACUUACUCCUUACAUUGCUUUUGGGUUCACAAUAGCAAAUGACGCCAUAGACCAGGCAGCACAUGGGAAAGAUGCAUUGCACAUAAUAGACCUAGGAAUGGCACAUACCCUACAAUGGCCCCCUUUGAUAAGGACACUAGCAUCAAGGCUUGAGGGUCCCCCAAAGCUUCGCAUAACUGGUGUAGAUGUUGAUCCCAACAGUAAAGAAUUGGAAGAGAACAUGAAGGUCUUGGCAAUGGAGGCAAGCUCAUUGGGAGUGCCCUUUGAGUUUCAACUGAUAGUUGGUCCUCUAAGCCCUUCUCUCCUAAACAUGGAAACAUUGGGGUCAAGAGAAGGAGAGGCAUUGUUUGUUAACAGCAUUAUGUAUUUGCACAAACAUGUUAAGGAAAGUAGAGGGUCUCUCAAGUCUAUACUACAAUCAAUUAGGAAGUUAAAUCCAACACUUUUCACUCUAGUGGAACAAGAAGCAAACCACAACGGGCCAUUCUUUCUUGGGAGGUUUCUCGAGUCGCUUCAUUACUACUCAGCGAUAUUCGAUUCCCUCGAGGCUAGCCUCCCAAGGCCGAGUCCUCAAAGGAUGAAGAUAGAGAGGUCUCAUUUCGCAGAAGAAAUACGAGACAUAAUUGCUUACGAGGGCCUGAAGAGAGUUGAGAGACAUGAAAGAGCCGAUCAGUGGCGACGGCAGCUCGGAAGAGCAGGAUUUCAAGUAGUAGGGCUUAAGUCAAUGAGCCAAGCUAGAAUGAUGCUUUCUGUUUAUGGUUGCGAUGGAUACACUCUAGCUACUGAGAAAGGAGGUCUGGUUCUAGGAUGGAAAGGGAGAUCGAUUAUGUUGGCAUCUACCUGGCAAGUGCACUCCGCGUCCCCUAGCAACAAAACUCAUGAGUAG